UCCACCACCUGUGAUGCUUUUCCUGUUUGCCUUCUCAGUAUCUCUCUCUAGAACUCAGUUUCCCUCUCUAAACAUGGUUACCAUGGGCUUGUUACCAUCACCCUUAAUGUGUACUCAUACACACCCUCGCUACCUCCAUUUUCUCUCUUUCUCAUUCCCAGUUCUCCACAAAUUCAAAAGCCGCCCCAAACUUUUCACUAAAUCACCAAACGCCCCAAUCCUUACCAUCCGGAAUUGCACUCCCAUCACGGCCAAGCCCUCUUCCGAAAUCAAAAGGCACAGCACCGGCUCACAACCGGACGAGAAGCUCCGCAAGCUCCGGGACCUGUUCUCGAUACCCGGGGUUAACAUCGACGCGUAUAUCAUUCCCUCUCAGGACGCUCACCAGAGUGAGUUCAUAGCUGAAUGUUAUAUGAGGAGGGCCUAUAUAUCAGGUUUUACUGGCAGUGCUGGUACUGCUGUUGUCACAAAGGAUAAAGCAGCUCUUUGGACGGAUGGCCGUUAUUUUCUCCAGGCUGAGAAGCAGCUGAGUUCUAGUUGGAUUCUUAUGCGGGCUGGUAAUCUUGGAGUUCCUACCACAAGUGAAUGGCUUAAUGAUGUUUUGACUGCUGGUAGUAGGGUUGGCAUUGAUCCUUUUCUUUUUUCUUCAGAUGCUGCAGAGGAACUGAAAGAGGCCAUUGCAAAGAAGAAUCAUGAGCUGGUUUACUUAUACGAUUUAAAUCUGGUGGAUGAAAUUUGGGGAGAAUCAAGACCUAAACCUCCAAACAAACCAAUCAGAAUGCAUGACCUAAAAUAUGCUGGUUUAGAUGUAGCAUCGAAAUUAUCUUUGCUGAGAUCUGAACUUGUGGAUGCUGGUUCAUCUGCCAUUGUCAUAUCAAUGCUUGAUGAAGUUGCAUGGCUGUUGAACUUGAGAGGAAGUGACGUUCCACAUUCACCCGUCAUGUAUGCAUACUUAAUUGUGGAGAUUGAUAGAGCAAAAUUAUUUAUAGAUAAUUCUAAGGUCACGCCAGAUGUGAUGAAUCGCUUGAAGAAUGCAGGCAUAGAGUUGAGGCCAUAUGAUUCUAUUCUUUCUGAAAUAGAAAGUUUGGCAGCACAAGAUACUCACCUAUGGCUGGAUACAUCAUCUGUUAAUGCGGCUAUUGUCAAUACCUAUAAGUCUUCCUGCGAGAGAUUUACUGGGAGCCGUGGGAAUAAAGCCAAGGGUAAGAGUAAGAUGCAUGAUAGCUCCAAUGGUCAGUCUGAGGGGCACAGUGGAGUAUAUAAGUCAUCCCCUAUCUCAGUGGCAAAGGCAGUAAAAAAUCAUGCCGAGCUAGAAGGGAUGAGGAAUUCUCAUUUAAGGGAUGCUGCUGCUCUAGCACAGUUUUGGGUCUGGCUGGAAGAUGAAAUUCACAAGGGCGUGAAACUAACAGAGGUCGAGGUUUCUGACAAGCUUCUUGAAUUUCGUUCGAAGCAGUACGGUUUCAUUGAUACAAGCUUUGACACUAUCAGUGCUACUGGUGCAAAUGGGGCUAUCAUACACUACAAGCCAGAAACAGAAAGUUGCGCUGUGUUGGAUUCAAAGAAACUCUUCCUAUUGGAUAGUGGAGGUCAAUAUGUUGAUGGUACUACUGACAUAACAAGGACUGUACAUUUUGGUGUACCUACUGCACGACAAAAAGAAUGCUUCACUCGAGUGUUACAGGGUCACAUAGCUCUCGAUCAGGCAGUAUUCCCUGAAUGUACCCCUGGUUUUGUGUUGGAUGCAUUUGCUCGUUCUUUCCUUUGGAAGAUUGGGCUUGAUUACCGGCAUGGAACUGGGCAUGGAGUAGGAGCUGCACUGAAUGUUCAUGAGGGCCCUCAAAGUAUUAGCUACAGAUAUGGAAAUAUGACCCCCUUAUUGAAAGGCAUGAUUGUAAGCAACGAACCUGGCUAUUAUGAAGACCAUGCCUUUGGUAUUCGAAUUGAGAACCUCCUUUAUGUGAAAGAGGUUGACACACCUAAUCGAUUCGGAGGGGUUGGAUACCUGGGAUUUGAAAAACUUACAUUUGUCCCCAUUCAGAGUAAAUUGAUCGAUUUAUCUUUGCUCUCAACUGCGGAAGUCGAUUGGCUUAAUGAGUACCACUUACAAGUUUGGGAAAAGGUCUCACCAUUGCUGGAUGGUUCUGCUCGUCACUGGCUUUGGAACAACACUCGGCCACUUGUCAAACAGUGAUUCCCCACUCAUUUUGUUCUAUUUGUACUUCAAUUUAUAACGAGUUGUCUUAUUUAUUUUAAAUCCUUUGUACGUACAAUGUAGAACUCUACCAGUUGGGAAAAGAUUACAACUUGUACAGUACAAACAUUAUAGGAAUUACUAGCUUUGUUUUCUCGGACAAAAAACUAUAGAAAUUAUUCAAGAUCGUCUUUAUUUUUUGAGAACUA